AUGCCGCACAAAAAAAAAUAUUCUACGACCGAAAGAGAAUGUUUAGCAUUAGUAUGGUGCAUUUGUAAGUUGAAAGAAUAUAUUUGGGGACGACCCAUACAGGUAGAAACUGAUCAUUGCCCUCUAUGUAGUUUUAAUAAAAAGAAAUUUCAAAAUUCGAGAAUCGAGCGUUGGCAAUUACAAUUAUCGGAAUACGACAUUACAACAAUCACUUAUAAACGUGGAAAGUGUAAUUGUGAUGCCGAUUUAGUAUCACGUUUUCCAUAUGAUGAAGCUGAUAUUGAUGAUGAAGAACAUCCAAUGUGUGUUCGACACUAUACACAACCUUCUUCUAAUCAUAUAACUGCUUUACAAAUCAAUGUCAUUACAAGAUCGAGAGCCAAACAAUUAUCAACGAAAUUGUCCGUACCAUCUCCAUUUACAUCUUCAUCAUCGAACAUCACGACAAGAUUCAAAACCAAAAAGAUUAAUAUCUCACC